AUGUGGGCACAGACACUUUGGAAGGAGAGCAUUAUGUCAAGACUGGAGUUGUACUUUCCCCAGCCAACCCCACCAGAAGUGAGAAGAGGGCCUGAACAGAUCCUUGCCAAGCCCCUUCAGAGAAAGCAGAGCCUUACACACCUUGCUCCUGGACUUGUGGCUUCCACAACUGUAAGGAGGCAGUGUGAGGUCAAAUCUACAGCUGGAGAUACUCACUUGGGUGGAGAAGACUUUGACAACCGCAUGGUCAACCAUUUUAUUGCAGAGUUCAAGCGCAAACACAAGAAGGAUAUCAGUGAGAACAAGAGGGCUGUGCGUCGUCUCCGUACUGCUUGUGAGCGUGCUAAGCGCACUCUCUCUUCCAGCACCCAGGCCAGUAUUGAGAUUGAUUCCCUCUAUGAAGGAAUCGACUUCUAUACCUCUAUUACCCGUGCCCGAUUUGAGGAAUUGAAUGCGGAUCUGUUCCGUGGCACCCUGGACCCUGUGGAGAAGGCCCUUCGGGAUGCCAAGCUGGACAAGUCUCAGAUCCAUGAUAUCGUCUUGGUGGGUGGCUCAACCCGCAUCCCCAAGAUUCAGAAACUUCUCCAGGACUUCUUCAACGGGAAAGAACUGAAUAAGAGCAUCAACCCUGAUGAGGCUGUUGCCUAUGGUGCAGCUGUUCAGGCAGCCAUUUUGUCUGGAGACAAAUCUGAAAAUGUUCAAGACUUGCUGCUGUUGGAUGUCACUCCUCUUUCCCUUGGAAUUGAAACUGCUGGUGGAGUCAUGACUGUCCUCAUCAAGCGCAAUACCACCAUUCCUACCAAGCAGACGCAGACUUUCACCACCUACUCUGACAACCAGCCUGGUGUGCUCAUUCAGGUUUAUGAAGGUGAGCGUGCCAUGACCAAGGAUAACAACCUGCUUGGCAAGUUUGAACUCACAGGCAUACCUCCUGCCCCACGUGGUGUUCCUCAGAUUGAAGUCACUUUUGAUAUUGAUGCCAAUGGCAUUCUCAAUGUCUCUGCUGUGGAUAAGAGCACAGGAAAAGAGAACAAGAUUACCAUCACUAAUGACAAGGGCCGCUUGAGCAAGGAAGAUAUUGAACGCAUGGUUCAAGAAGCAGAGAAGUACAAAGCUGAAGAUGAGAAGCAGCGGGAUAAGGUGUCUUCAAAGAAUUCGCUUGAAUCCUANGUCAUACAUUGA